AUGAGAAACCAACUCGCCCUCGUCGCCCUCGCCAGCCAGGUCGCUGCCCUCGCCGUUCCCCCUCCUCUCACCUCUCAAGGCGGAGCGAUCAUUGAUGGCGAGGCUGUCCGGAUCGAGGACUACCCUUACCAGGUCGACCUGCGCGUCCGGGACGAGCAGAACUGCGGCGGCACCAUCAUCAGCGACCGCUACGUCCUGACCGCCGCCCACUGCACCCUCAACUACCGCGGCCUGCUCAACAUUCGCGUCGGCAGCGCCACCAACGGCCGAGGCACCAGGUACAACGUCACCAAGGCCGUCGAGCACCCCAAGUACAAGGACCGACAGAACCCCUACGACGCUGCUAUCCUUGAGAUCAGCCCGCGCAUCAAGUUUGGCACCGGUGUGCAGGCCAUUCCCCUGGCAGACGUUGAGCCUGCUGUUGGCACCGUCGCGGUCGUCUCCGGCUGGGGAACCGUGACUCCUGGCAGACCCGACUACGCCACGACCCUGCAGGCGGUCAAGGUCCCGAUCUAUGACCACAACACCUGCAAGAAUGACUACGCCAGGAUCGAUCUCAUUACCCCCGACAUGAUCUGCGCUGGCUACCCUGAGGGUAAGAAGGACUCUUGCCAGGGCGACAGCGGCGGUCCUCUGGUUGCUGGCGGCAAGGUCGUGGGUGUCGUCUCUUGGGGAGAGGGCUGCGCUCAGCCCAAACUCCCCGGCGUCUACUCCAGCGUUGCCAGCGCUGAGAUUCGAUCCUUCAUCAAGGACACGACCGGCCUGCCUGUUCUUGACGCCGACCUAUACCAGCGCGCGAGGGCCCGCCGCCAGGCGCUUGACAUGGCCAGGCACGACCGUGUUCGGCGAUGA